AUGACCUCAGGACUAACUCAGAGCGAUUUCAAGAAGCUCCUGGCGACGCCCAGGCCCAAGGACCCCGCUGCGAACCCGCCCGCACCGACCCCAGCUCGGCCUAAAUCACCCAAGCCGACUCUCUCAGACAACGCCGAUUCCGGAUCAGACUUUGCAAAGCCAAAGCCAAAGCCAAAGCAGAGCAAGCACGUCUCCUGCCUCCUCCUGCAUAUCUCGAUAUACUGCUUGUGCUCAUCGCUCGUCCGCAUGCCAUCACUGCCCUGGCCAUCCGACAAGCAGAUCCUGCAUUCUAACGGACGAUGGCAUGCCAAAAAACAGGCCCAGGCAGACACGAUCUCGUAUCGCGAUCGUGCCAAGGAGCGGCGAAACAACGUCAAUCCUGACUACGAGGAGUCCGAGCAGAUGCUCAAGGUUCUGGCCACCAGCACACUGGACAACGAGCUCAGUCUCUCAUACGAGCAGAGCAAGUAUCUCGGUGGAGACGUCAAGCACACCCAUUUGGUCAAGGGUCUCGACUAUGCCCUGCUCCAAAAGAUCCGAGCGCAGAUAAAGACGGGCCAGGACGAGUCGCAGCAAGAAAGAGAAGCCCGCGAGUACGUCGAAAAGCUCCAUGGCAGCGAUGGGCCGGCCGAGUUUCGCUCAAAGUUUGCCAAAGAUAUCCACACUGCGGCGACUGCGAAGCGGGAGCCGCCGCCCUUGAAAAACGAGAUUUUCUUCCCCGGACGCAUGUUCUUCCAGUGGAACCUCGAUGCAAGUGAAGGAUCCAAGACAGAUGUCCCGACGACUAUCAUCCGGAGCCGUUUUGCCGUGCAGGACGCAGGCGUGGCUCCUAGAGCGCGAAUGUCGCUAUCGGCUGUGUGGAUCGCAUACCAGACAAACGCCUUUGCGCAACUGAAUCAUAUCUUUGCCGAAGCCGGGCGAGGCUAUGUGGCCGACGGCAAGGAUAGCAGCUCCACGAAGCCCUUGGAGACACAGAGCGAUCCCCAUGAGACGACCGACGCUCCGCCACGACCAAAAGCGACGUACUUUGCCGAGAAUGCCGCCGAACCCGAGGGUGAACAAUAUCUGCCGUCCAGCUCGAUGAUUUCAGAGCUGCUCAAACACGGAGGCAUCGCCGAGACGGCCGGGGAAUCUAAGCCAAAGCCGGGCUCGAUUCUGUCCGAACACGAUGACCAUGACUUUGAUGAGGAUGAGAACCUGUCAGGCAAUCUCUCCACUGCUGCCUUUGGAUCGCUCCGGAGCAACACUCAGCCCCCAGAGCCCGCAUCUUCGAGUCAGUCAUCGGGCGCUCCCAAAAGAUAUUUCCCCAAGCUGGAAGUCCCCUAUGGCGAUGUCGAGGACGGGUUCAUGGAUUACGAGUACGAGUCGGACGAGGAGCGCAAGCCCGAUGCCCUCGAUGGCGAUGGCGCCCAGGCGGACAGCUCAAAACAUCCCUCGUCCCUGGUCGAUCUAGGCACGCGGCUCAAUAAGAAGCGACAGCUCAGCCGCAGCGAUUUUGGGAACGAGCAAGAGUGGGAAGAAUACAAAGGCGGCCAAGCGUACGUCACCAAGGCAGCAUCUCAGUACGGCGUCAAGGCCCAGGAAGGGCGGAGAGGCAAGGACCUCAAAUCCGGCCGCGGCACCGGUGUGCACAAGGACUCUGCCGCCAAGCUCAACCAGGACUUCCAGAAGCUCGACAAGAUCAUGAUGGACAAGUACGGGAAGGGUCUCACCGGGAAAAAGUCGCGAGACGAAGGAGACGGCAACGAUGGCACAUCCACCAAGAAACACAAGCGAUAG